CCCAUAAUGCACUUCGCGCCGCCACGCACACAGACGGCGGCGUAUGACGGCAGAGGAAACGGGAACAAUACUGCACGAUACGCGGCAGAGGAGUGCUGAAAUGCGCUUUCCCGGGAAAGCCCACGUCGUUCGUAUACAUAGCCGGCCAUUCGAUUCAGGUUUCUACUGAGAGAGCCGUAAGAUGUCCAUGGUUCUGUUUGCAUCCGUGGUGCGGGUGAGAGAUGGACUGCCUCUCUCAGCCUCCACAGACUAUGAGCAGGACAGGGGGCUACAGGAGACCAAGAAGCACCUGAAGAGCCUCUCGAAGAAGCUGAGCCAGUUCCCAGACCGCUGCACGCUGAAAACGGGGCAGCAUACUGUUAAUUUCACCAGUUCCCUGGGAGUGGGAUACCUGAUGGUGUGCUCUGAGAGUUACCCUAGCGUCCUGGCCUUCUGCUUCCUGGAUGAGUUGCAGAGGGAGUUCAUCGUCACUUACGACACGAAGCGGAUCAACAGCGCCGUCCGGCCAUACUCUUUCAUCGAGUUCGACAACUUCAUUCAGAAAACCAAGCAACGCUACAACAGCCCGCGCUCCCUGUCCACCAGGGUCAACCUGUCUGACAUGCAGAUGGAGAUUAAGCUCCGCCCUCCCUUCCAGCUGUCUGCCGAGGACCUGAGCGCACUCAACGGCUUCUCCCACCACUCGCCGUCAAAGUACAAGGGCAUAGCCCCGAACCAGAUGCUGGAACCUGUGACGCUGGCCGGAGUGGUGUCCUGCAUGCUCAGCCUGCUCUGCGGUGGUCUGAACCUGCUCCGGGGCGUCCACGCCAUCGAGAGCGUCCUGCAGAAUGAAGAUGAAGACUUCAGCUACGUCAUCGCCUUCUUCCUGGGAACAGCGGCUUGUCUGUACCAGUGCUACCUGUUUGCCUACUGCACGCUAUGGAGGAACGGCAAGUCCUUCCUGGCCUUCGCCCUCAUCUGCCUGUGUAACAUGUACCUGUACGAGUUGCGCAACCUAUGGCAGAUCCUCUUCCAUGUGACGGUGGGCGCCUUCACCACGCUGCAGAUCCGCCUGCGUCAGCCGCAAGGCAAAGCUCCUGACUACAACGUCUGACCCCCACCCCCUACCUCCCCCACUGGCCUGGGGGACAAGAUCGGGCGCCUUCGCGAACACGAGGACUGCAUGGUCACAUGCUGGGGCGGACCCACCCCUGUACGUACUUUAAUUACCUAGAAAAAUGAUUAUGCCAGUUAUUUAUUGCAGUGUCUCAUUUGUCAGGAUAGCUUAUGUGGCAAAUGCGGGGUGUUCAUUUCACUACAGCUGUGCCAUCAGCAUAAUUGGGGGAGAUGAAUGCUGUGCAGAGAGAGGCGGCUGUUUCCCUUCACUGGGAGCUCAGACAGCAGUGAAAACUGCGUUGUGUCGUGUGGGACAGCAUAGACAGCCGGGGUGUAUGCAAGCUUUCAGCUCCCCGUGGUGACUGAAGGAACCUGCCAAUCAUCUGUCUCGGUUUGGAAUCUGUGAUCUUACAAAAAAAUAAAAAAUAACAGCACAGAGCUACAUGUAAUAAAUUAUGGACCACACUUUAGGUGCUUUGGAGCUGUUUUUGUCACAGCAGAGGCUGCUUUCAGCCCUGUGCUGUGCCCCUGUUUAGCGAUUUGCCCUUAAGUACAAACAGUGCAUUGAAAAUGAUCUGCACUUCCAUUCAGCCACACAUCAUGUCAUGGAAAUUUAGGACGGUUAUUAUUAUAACUGGUGGUGCAGAGCUGGAUCAUUGAAUGAGGCUCUUGGUUUAGGGAGACCUUCCGCUGUUCAGUGGUUGGGGGGGGGGGGGGAUGUCCUGUUUGCUUCUCAUUAGUGUGUAUGUUUAUAUCCUGCAUUUGCAUUCCGGCCUGAGAUACUGCACUGUCCUCCUCAGUCCUGCCUUUUGUAAACCUCGGCCAAGCAGCGAUUUCAAUUUGCAUCUCAUUAACCUUUGACAACUAACAAAUUUCUCUGGUUAAAUUCACCGAGGUUACUCCUAAUUCGGUAUGGCAGACAUUUUGAGGUGAAGCAUACUGCCACUUGUAAGGUAUUGGUGAAACACCCCCUGGUGCAGCAUUCAAGGAGGGGGGCGGAGGGGGGGGGUCAGGGCCAGAACUGUGUUCUGCUGUGUUCCUGGGGCCCCCUGGCGGUGGGCCAGUCCCUCUGAGCCCCCCAAUCCAUGCCCAUGGAGGCACCCUGAGGCACACUUCUGGUGGUUUUGGUCUUAUCAUUGUCAUAUAUCUUUGCUACCAGAUAAAUGAUGAAUAAUUAGUAUUUAUUCAGGUUAAUUAUGCUAAUCUACUGUAUGAUUUUGUAACUGCGACAUAAAAAGGCAGUGUGGACAUGAGCACCAAGGCUGUGUGUGGUGGAAAUAGCCAGUUUGCCCAUUUACCUGCACUGUGGCCUACAGUAUUCAGAUGUCAAGCAUGUAUGUGCAUUUUUUGUAAAUUUUACUGAACGCACCUCAAUGCAACACAGACGACAGGCAUGUGCUUUUGAAGAGCAAUGAUGGAAAAAAAUAAAACAAUUCAGAAACACA